AUGGAAGGAGGAAGAUGGACGGUUGACCUGGUCAGGCUGUCUCCUGCCUCCCUCCAAGCAACCUCUGAGCGUUGCCUCCCAGGACCCUCAGAGACAUCUGGUGAGUUCCAGGGGAGUGGAGAUAGGGACUUGGAGGGAUGGAGAGUGGAAGCAAGGAAUAAGAUAAAGGGGGGAGGUUUUACAGUGGAAACUGUGGGUGGGCUUCCCCUCCCAAUAUAUCCAGGGAAGAAAAUCCCUGGAGGGGCUCUGAGGCCGCCUUUGCUUCUCCCUCACCCCCCAAAACUUGCAGCUUGUUUAAACUUCUGAGUCCUGCCAAAUAGUUCCAAAGAAGCUGGAUUUGUGGUGCUAGAAAGGACCUGAGCUGGGGCUCCCCACCUCUGAGGCUGGGAGAGGUUGGCUGAGUUUCAGGGGGUUGGGGGUGGAGAAGGAGAAAUGGAUGGGUGGGGGCUGGAGGGAACCCCUCCCUCCAGCAAGCAGAAAAGAGAGGAGAACAUACAAUGCAAGAAGGUUUUGACUUGGAGGAAGGCAGGGAAGAGGUCUUCUCCAAAGUCUAUCCCCUGGAGCAUGCGCCAAUAUGUUGCCAGAAGAGGAGGAAUAGGCAGAGGAGCCCUAUAUAGAUAUAAAAACCACUGCGUUCAAUGGGAACCACUUUCAGGUCACUACUGUGCCCCCCCAUGCCAUGAGGCCUGGGUGCAAGGCCCAUUCCACCUGGCCAAGGGGGUGGAGCCCAGGCUCACCUUCAACAGCCAAAAGAGGCUCCUGGGAGGCCACUGGGACAUUGCUGGAACACCUCUUGGGUUGGGGCAACUGGCUAAAAUGCUUUAAACGGUUCUGAUUUUGGUUCCUCUGUUUUGUUUUUGUCGGGUUGGUGUUGGUUAAUUGUUUAGUUGGGGUCGGUGGUUAUUUUAAUUUGGGUAUAGCUGUAAAGAUGUUGUUAUUAUUGUUGCUAUUCUUAUUAUUGGUUUGUUUGUUGCCUGUAUAGGAUAUUUCUGUUUUUUAUGUUUGAUGUUUUGUUCUGUUUUUAUAUAUGCUCUUAGCCGCACUGGGUGGCUGUGAGAAGCCCACCAGAUUGGGGCAUAUAAAUUUGUAAUAUAUGCCCCAUUUGGGCUUCUGCAGGGGCUGGAGAAUAUCUAGGGCAGAGGAAUCCCUGCAGCUUCUCUGAGGCUCCUUUUACUCCUCCCUCCCUCCCAAGGAACCUGCAGCUUGUUUAGGCUUCUGAGCUCCUCAGGAAGAAUGAAAGAGGCUGAUCCUCUUUCACCCUCUUUCUGCUAACACCACCACCUUGAAGAUCCUGGGCCCCAGGGAAAUUAGACUGGCCUUGACUAGAGCCAGGGCCUUUUCAGCCGUGGCCCCGGCCUGGUGGACCGCUCUCCCACAAGAGACCAGGGCCCUGCGGGAUUUGACAUCUUUCCGCAGGGCCUGCAAGACGGAGCUGUUCCGCCUGGCCUUUGGGCAGGAUGCAGUUUGCCUUACUUUCCUUUGUAUAAAACAAGCCCGAAGGAAGCCCCCAACCUGCUCACAUGACCUUGUAUGAUCAGUGGAAACAGUUGGUCCUGGCAAGUAUUAACCACUCUCAAUUCCAACCUGAUAAUUGCCAACUGCUUAGAUUUUAACUUGUCUGAAUUAAUUUUAAGAUGUAUUUUAUAUAAUUGAUGUCUGUUUUUAUGCAUAUUGUGUUGUUUUUAUGAUGCUAGCCACUCUGGGCCCGGCCUCGGCCGGAGAAGGCAGGAUACAAAAAUUAUUAUUAUUAUUAUUAUUAUUAUUAUUCUCCUGCAGACCUAGCAAGGAUGGAAGGGGGAAGAUGGACAGUUGACCUGGUCAGGCUGUCUCCCACCACCUCUGACUGUUCUCUCCCAGGACCCUCAGAGAGAUCUGGUGAGUUCCAGGGAAUGGAGAUGGGGACCUGGGGAAAUGUUGGGCUUGAGGAAGCCCACCUGGCAAGAAAACGAGGAAGGCUGCAGGGCCAGAGCUCCGGGCUAGCAGAGAUAAAAGGUAGAAAGAAAGGACAUGAAUGUUUUUUAAUGGUGACAUGGGCAUAGUCAGAGUUUUGGGGCUGUUGUCUACCAGCUCCAUCACAGGCUAAGUCCCUACCUGCACACAGACUGUGGUACAUGCUAUGGCUAUCUCCCGCUUGGAUUGCUACAAUGCGCUCUAGGUGGGGCUGCCUUUGAAGGUGACUCGGAAACUACAAUUAAUCCAGAAAGCAGCAGCUCAACUGGUGACUGGGAGCAGUUGCCAGGAGCAUAUAACACUGGUCUUAAAGGAUCUACAUUGGCUCAGAGUAUGUUUCCAAGCACAAUUCAAAGUGUUGGUGCUGACCUUUAAAGCUCUAAACGGCCUCGGCCCUGUAGACCUGAAGGAGCAUCUCCACCUCCAUCGUUCUGCCCGGACAAUGAGGUCCAACUCUGAGGGUCUUCUGCUGGUUUCGUCACAGUAAGAAGUGAAGUAGUGGAACCAGCCCUGUGGAACACCCUCCCUUCAGAUGUCAAGGAGAUAAAGAACUACGUAGCUUUUAGAAGACAUCCGAAGGCAGCCCUGUAUUGGGAAGUUUUUAAUGUUUGCUGUUUUCCCUUAAUCUUAGCAGGUGAUGACCAGGGGAAUAAUGGUUCUCGGGGCUCAUCAGAAAGAAAUAAGCAUGAAGCGAAGAGAAGAAAUGAUAGCCCUUCGUGUGGCAAAACGUUCAAAGGUAAAUCAAGCCUCAGCCCACACUGCAGAAUCCACUCAGCGGAAACACUGUGUAAAUGCUUGGUGUGUGGAAAGAGCUUCAGUGACAGCUCAGGCCUAAAAUCACAUGAAAGAAUUCACGCAGGACAGGAAUCAUACCAAUGCCUAGAAUGUGGAAAGAGUUUCAAGCGCCACUCACACCUUAAAAUACAUCAGGAAGUCCACAGCAGGGAAAAAUCACAUAGGUGCUUUGAGUGUGGAAAGAGCUUCAGUUACAGGAGAAACCUUACAGAACAUCAAAAACUUCACACAGGGGAGAAACCGUAUACCUGUUUGGACUGUGGAAAGACCUUCCGUCACAGCUCAAGCCUUGCAUCGCAUCAAAAAAUCCACACAGGGGAGAAGCCAUAUAAAUGUUUGGAGUGCGGAAUGAGCUUUGCUCACAGCUCAAGUCUUAUAUCGCACCAAAGAAUUCACACAGGAGAGAAAUCUUAUAAAUGUACAGAGUGCGGAAGGAGCUUUGCUCACAGUGCUAGCCUUACUUCACAUAAGAGAACCCACACAGGGGACAAACCAUAUAAAUGCUUGGAAUGUGGAAAGAGCUUCAGCCAGAGUUCACACCUUAGUUCACACAAGAGAACUCACACUGGUGAGAAGCCGUAUAAAUGCUUUGAGUGUGGGAAGAGCUUCAGUCAGAGUUCACACCUUACUGUGCAUGAGCGAAUCCAUACAGGGGAAAAACCAUAUAAAUGUGUGACAUGUGGAAAGAGCUUUAGUAACUGCACAUACCUUGUUUGCCAUCGCAGAAUCCAUACAGGAGAGAAGCCAUAUAAGUGCUUUGAGUGUGGAAGGAGCUUCAACCAGGGUACAAGCCUUACAUCACAUCAAAAAAUUCACAGAGGUGAAAAACCGUAUGCAUGUUUUGAGUGUGGAAAGAGCUUCACUCAAAGCUCAAGCCUUGAAUAUCAUCAAAGAAUUCACACAGGGGUGAAACCAUAUACCUGUUUUGAGUGUGGAAAGAACUUCAGUCACAGCACAAGCCUUACAUAUCAUCAAAGAAUUCACACAGGGGAGAAACCAUAUAAAUGUUUGGACUGUGGAAAGAGAUUUGCACAUGGAUAUAGCCUUACUUCUCAUAAAAGAACUCACAUGGGAUAA